AUUGCUGACAUACUUAUCAUAAUAAUAAAGGCAUAAAUAUUAUGGUUAAUAUUCUUGUAGUAAAAAUCGAGAAAAAGUAUAUGGUCUUUGGAUGGAAGAUUGCUCUUUGGAAUUGUUUGUGAAGAAUAAAUGGAGUAAUUUACGUUGUAUUAGUUAAUGAGACUUGGCAGAUAAUACCGUAACGAUUGGCCUUGGUCAUUGGAGUUAAUAAAAGUGUCAAAGCUGUAUAAAUGUAUUCUUGCUGGGCUUGUCAAAUCUUAGACAUGUUAUCUAUUUUUCCGCUUAUUUCACAGACUGCUGGAUGAAGCAAAGAGAAGAACGUGGAAUUGCGUUUCAUUGAUUCGUAGCUUCUACAAACAAGGGAUAGCUCAAAAUUUUGGACAGGACUCAUUGAUGUGUAUGAUGGAUCAUUACAUAGGUUAUUGGAUUAUACAAAUUGUGUGAUGUUCUCAAUUGUGGGAGAAACAACUAUGCAAAUAGGCUUAUUGUUACCCGAAAUUAAAUUGUGUACUACUUCACGAGCCAGCUUUGUGUUAAGUGAUUAGUUAAAUAAAUAAUACUGCAUACAAGUUUUCUUGCAAAAAAGGAGAGAAAAAAAUAGUUUACGUGCAGUUGUUUUAUAUAGUGUAAUCAUGCAUUGGAAUAAAACUGUUUUGUUUAGAGUAAUAUCAACAUGGAAAAAUAUUGGGAGUAUAAUUUUAGUGUUAAUUUUUAUGUGCACUGAUUAUAGUGUUGUUAAUGCUGUGCCACGCCAGGACGUCGUUCUGCAAAUAGUGAUGCCCUAUCAGUCCCUGGCUGAGAAUAAAUAUCAAUCUACACAUGUUCGUACGAAGGAAAGAAUCAAACAUGGCCGAGAAAUCGCUUACAGAAACCUACGACGGCAAUUUGUGAUAGAUUCAUGGUUAAAUUUUACACAGUCAGAAUCCCCCGCAGAAAUUUUAUCAUUGUACUGUAACCAGAUAUUCAAAAAGCCAGUUAAUACUAUACUCAGUUUAAACCAUGGUUCAGGGACUGAAUCGUCAAACAAUUAUAUACUGCAGCUAGCCGAUCACUUAGGAUACCCAGUCAUCAGUUGGGACCCACAUUACCCUGGAGCGUUACAGAGUAAUGAAGAUUCCAGGGUUCUCCAAAUUGCACCAACUAUAUACCAUCAGUGCCAAGCAAUGCAGAAAAUACUAAAUCGCUACAACUGGACAGAUUUUUCCCUUGUUACCACGAAAAUUACCAGUCACGUAGAUUUCAUCAACUGUAUGAGAGACAUGGUGAGAAGAACAAGUGUAUCUCAAGGAUUUACAACAAAAGCUAAGUACAAUAUAUUAUCGUCUGUCACCGCUGAUAUUGGCGAUACUGAUGACUAUGAACAGACAGAAGCGGCUAUCAAAGCGGCCUUAAAGAUCGUUAAAGAUUCGGUGUCUCGCGUUAUUAUACUACAUGCUGGGGAUAUAGAAACAUUGGAUAUUAUGGAUGCUGCUAAAGAAAUUGGGCUUACAGAUCCUAAAUAUGUCUGGCUGCUAACGUCAUCCAGUAUCGGGCGCAUUGGCAGAAGCACGACUUUUCCUGUUGGUGUUCUGGGUAUAAUGUACAACGAAACACAAGAUAUGAUUGAAGAAGCCAUGAAGACGUCUAUAAGAAUAUGGGCAAUGGGACUUGAAAAACUGGCGAGAAAUCCACUUCUGUCCAGAGUGAUGAUGCACCCCAAUCAUACGUGUAGUAAUUCAAGCCAGGAAUACUGGAAGAAGGGCUUCUGGCUGUAUAGGGCGAUGAGAGAUGUAGUCAUCAAAGACCCACCUGUAUCUUUCAGUUCUAAUGGCGUCAUUGAAUAUGUUAAAUUCAAUAUAUACAAUGUCCGCCCAUCAACAAAUCCUACAUAUGCAAGACGAGGCUGGAAUGAAUUUACAUCGGUUGGUACAAUUUCUCCAAAGGAAGUCAAUGGUAAAAUGGAUAUGCGGAUAGAAAUGGAUGAGGUUGUCUGGCCGGGAAAUGCUGUGUUUCCCCCAAAAGGCAAACCAGAGAGGCGAUUUUUCAAAAUUGUUACCUUGAAAGAGCCUCCCUACAUAUCUUACGUACCACCGGACGCAGAAACUGGCACUUGUGGUUCACAUGCAAUUCCCUGCAAGCUAACUGUAGAUCCAAAGAAACCAGAUGAGUAUGGUAAUGCAACUAUAAACGAGGAUGGACUAGUAGAAUAUUGUUGCGCCGGGUUGUGUGUUGAUUUACUGAAGAUACUUAGCACAAAAAUGAAUUUUGACUACGAAAUGCAUGAGGUUUCUGAUAGGGAGUGGGGCAUUAAACAACAGAAUGGUGAAUGGACUGGACUUGUUAAAGAUAUGAUGGAACAAAAGGCAGAAAUGGUUAUCACAUCUAUUAAGAUUAACCACGAAAGAGCCACAGCGAUGGAUUUCUCCACACCAUUUCUAGAAACUGGAAUCACAAUAAUGGUAGCACUUCGCAAAGGUGCAAUCUCUGCCACCGCAUUUCUAGAACCGUACGACUAUCCGUCAUGGUGUUUAAUUCUUGUGUUCAGUGUGCAUGCAACUGGGGCGUCCAUCUUUAUCUUUGAAUGGCUGAGUCCUGCUGGUCUGGACAAAGGGAGGCGAUCUAUGAGAGAGCACAAGUUUUCUCUGUUCCGUUCAUUUUGGCUGAUAUGGGCGAUGUUGUUUGGAGCAUCCGUUUCAACUGACAAUCCACGAGGCAUGUCCAGUAGAUUUCUCGCCAACGUCUGGGCCCUGUUUGCCCUUGUUUUUCUCGCCAGUUACACGGCAAACUUGGCAGCCUUUAUGAUCACAAUAGAGGAAUACUAUGAUCUCAGCGGGAUCGAAGACUGGAGAUUGAUGAAUCCAACGGCAGUAACUCCUCACUUCAAAUUCGCCACCAAACCGGGCGGAAGCACAGAAGAUAAUCUUAGAAAGAAUUAUCCCAGGAUGCAUCGGUACAUGCAGAAAUACAAUAAAAGUGAAGUGGUAGAUGGUAUACACGCUCUUAAGAUAGGCGAGAUCCAUGCAUUUAUAUACGACGCCACAGUGUUGGAAUACCUGGCAGGCAGAGACAAAGAAUGUAACCUAAUAACUGUUGGCAAAUGGUACGCCAUGACUGGCUAUGGUGUUGGCUUUCCGAAAGGAUCACCGUACAUAGACGAAGUAAACGACAUCAUACUGGAACUGCAAAAUAAUGGUGAAUUGGACAGAUUACAGAAGUUUUGGCUGGCUGGAGCUUGCCAUGCCAUGAAAGAUAAAAAGGAUAAGACUAGUCAGAAGAUAGGAAUUCUUAACUUCACCAGUGCUUUCAUUUUACUUGCUGCUGGAGUGACACUGGCGACUAUAUUAAUGCUCUUGGAACACUUUUACUUUAAAUUUGGGAGGAGGUGUUUAAAGAAAUAUGAUAAAACAGGUUGUUGUGCCCUUGUUAGUCUGAGUAUGGGUAAAUCUUUAACUUUCGAGCAGUCAGUGUUAGAUGCUGUCGAAUACCAGAAAAGACAUAAAUGUAAAGACCCUCUUUGUGAAACUCAGUUAUGGACAGUCCGACAUGAGCUUGACCUGGCGCUCAUAAAAUUGGAAAAGAUGAGGGACGAUCUUGUACAAAUUGAACCAAACUGUAAGGAGUUCACUAACCCAUGUAUUGACAUCACAUCAGAGGACCAGUACAAAUCUCGUGCUCCUAAUGGAACAUCUAAUGCUCAAAGUUCCAAUCAGAAUUCAGGACCUCUGUACGAAACACCUGAUUCUUUAAGACAAACUACUGAAAAUCAUGUAGGAAAUUCUGUACCAUGUGACUUUCAGAACCGCGUAUUUGAGCGGCCAGAAACAGUGUCUCCACCAAGUGUCGGAGAAAACAAUAAGAAUAAGUCAGAUCUGGAGAAGAAACGUUCACAAUUCCGUCGCUCACCAAGUUACACUAAUGCAAUAUCAAUAGACAGUAAUGAUUCCAAGGAUGUGAGUACCUUGAAUACAAUUGAACCUCCGCCUAGUUAUACAGAGGCAAGUCCUAAACGUUGUCCGUCUUACUCUCAGGCAGUUGAAGAAUCGCCUCUACUUUCAAGAAAUAACGGUGAUAAACACAAUAUGAAAACGAAAUAUUUUGAUGGGAAGUAUUAUGUAGGUGUAGUGCGUGAUACGGAUGACAGUGCUUUAUAAGUAAAUUAACUAUAAAAGAACGGUAAUAUUCUGUUCAUCUAAAUAUCAAAUAGUAUUCUAAGUUAAUAAUGGGUUUUAACAUUUUUAUCAUCAACUUUUGCUAAAGCGAAAAUAUCCUCACAUGUAAUAUUGCCAGAUACUGGUAGUAAAUAGCAGAAAGUGGACCUUAGAGAAAAUAUAUUUUAUGCUCCACAUUUUACGUCGAGUUUCAGUAUGUAAAUCAUUCAUGACUUUGAAAUUUGACACGGUUCUAUCAUAUAUGAUGCUCCCUAAUCUAGUUAAAAUUAUUCUGUCAAACUCGUCAUUUAGGAGUGUCACAUAUGAGUAGAAUAUACUGUUGCUGGUUGUUUUGGAAUAGUUUUGUUGCAUUAAAUAUCAACUGAGUUUUCCGUUCACGUGUAAAACAUGCAGCUUUAUCAUUUGUCAAUUUGUAAUUCAUUGAAUUCCCCACUUGAUUAAUUGUUUUUCCCAAACUACAAUAAUAUCGCCAAACGAUGACUGACACAUGAAUCAGUGAAUUGUUUUUGAACAAUUAGUAUUACAUUGUAGACUUCAGUUAAAGUGAUGAUUAACUAAAGUCAGGUAUUAAAAAGCAAAUACAAUGUUUCAAUGCUGUACUUAUUUUAUACAAAUUAACAGUCAGAAAGUAUUAUAGUUGUGAUAUCUUUUGCGCAAUUAUAUAUUUUGAAUCAUUGACAGUUGUUAUAUAUCACAUUUUUGUAUAUCGCCAUGAAAUGCCUGUAUUACCUGAUUUAUUAUGCAUAGAAUAAGAUUAGUUAAGCCAAGUAACUAACGACUUAUGUUCCAAGCACAUUAAAUGAAGUUGAAAUUAGUAUAUUUACGUAAACGACUAAACACUGUAUAUAUAAAUAUAGCAAUUCAUAUGUCAGGUUAACGUACACUUUAAACAGUGUUUUUCAACGCACUUGGAGAGCUAUCUAGAUUGUUUAUUGCAUUUUUGUAAUUUACCAUUUCUAAAUAAAGCAAUGUCAAGCACAGAAAUGGACUAAAUGUUCCCCAAAAUUAAGAAAUAAUUAUAGCAAAAAAGUGUUUUAACACUUAUUCAUGCACGAUGGGCGGUUAUACGUCGGGCAUAAUUAUUUUACGAGGGCGCAGCCCGAGUGAAUUUAUUUUGUACGACGUAUUACCGCCCGAGUUUAUAGAUAGUGUUAAUUCUAAUAUGCCCUUAAUCUAAAAUAUAGAUAAAAUAUAGUAGCGCUCUUUCUUGGUCGCAACAAAAACAUUGACGUCACUGCAUGUUAACGUGACGUCAUUCUAGCGUAAGAGUGUUUUAACAGAGAAAACAUAUUGGAAUGAAUGUUCUGAAACUUCUAAAGCUAUAGUCCUUUCUUGAAUUGUGCCACUUUAAAUAUAAUGUCAUAUUUGAAAACUAGUAAAAACGGAACUCUGAUAUCAUUUCUUUCUCCUAUUAUUUAUGAAAUAAUGGCUAUUUCGAAAAAAAAAAGAAAUAUGAAAUAAUACACAGAUAUUUGAAGUGUGUUAUCAAACAAAAGUGGAUUCAUGAUAAUAGACCAAUUUACAUAAUUUAAGGAAAAGCUACUCCGAUGGUAUCGAACAUUUAGGUAACACCAUUUCAUAAAGGUAUCUAAGUACUUUUGUCGGUUUGAUCAUAAAGGUAAAAACAGAUUUUAAAGAUAACUCGAAGGUUUGGUGUUAAAGGUAACACCCGCGAUGUGAGCUGGUCAUUUCAUAUAAUCCUUUUCAUUCCACGUCUUAUUAACUUUCUUAGUAUUGCAGUCAAAUAAACAGUUGUCUUCAUCUGUGUCCAGUUUAAACCAUAUGUGUAUUGGGGCCUAACACAAAGAACUUUUAAUAGCAGCGGUCCUGUGAUGCUCUAGUGAUAAAAGACUAAUAGUGUAUGCUAUGUCGACUAUUACUAUUACAGUUAGUGAGUAAAACAAAGAGUAAGACAAUCUACAACAGUCCAAACUUACACCGAAAAUGUUACUUUUAAACCGACGGUAGCCGGUGUUACACUUAAAACCAGGAAUGUUACCUUUUUGAUCAUGUGAUAAAUUUAUGCCCGUUGAAGCUGAAACCUUAGUCAUAGCAUUUAUAUACAAAUAUGUGAUGUUUCGUGUAACGUUUGAGAAAAGUGGUAGUUGUAGAAUGAUUAGUUGGUGUUUCUGCAAUUGAUACAUAAUUAGUAAAUGGUUGUACUUACAUCAAUAAAAUCUGCAAGAUUAUUGUAUCAAGUCCAUUUUGUAUAUAAAUCUUAUAUAAAUUGUAUUGUAUUGCGACUUAGAUUUAAAACUUUUUAUUUUAUAUGUAUAACAUAGAAUAUAUUAAUUGAUUAAAUAAUUGCUGA